CUUUUUUUUGUGUGCAGAUUUUUGUCUGUCCGAGAGAGAAGGAUAAGAACGAGAGAAAGAAAGAGAGAGAGAGAGAGAUUGCAAAACUCGGCGUUGUUAUUUUUGUCCCUUUUGGCUAUCCAUACAGUUCUAUCACGGAGCGCUUUCUAAACCAAUAGGAUUACUGUUUAAAUUGAGGUCGUGUAUAAGCAGCGUUGUGAUUAGCUCAUUCUGUAAAACGUUUGAAAGAUGUUUUGAUAGCUUGCAAACGGAGCUAGCCUGCAGUUAAUUUUUUUGUGAACUUUUUUUUUUAAAUAUUUUUUUUUUAGGAAUGCCUUCUAAAUUGUGAGACGUGCGACAAAAUAACUAGCCAGAGGCUUGCUUUGAACCGCCAUACCAGAGAGGUUCAGGUUGAGUUCACUGACCCACAUUGACUGGCGCUAGUUAUCUUGCCAAAGUUCGCUAGCUAGCUAAAAAAAAAAAGUUGCUACUUGGCUAUCCAAGCUACACGUUUUCUAGUCAUUUUAGUGGCAAAACAAAGUAGGUACUCCAGCCUGGGACCCCUGGCCUGGUAAACAUGGCGUACCCACCCCGCAAGCGCCUCAAGGGGAUGAGCCCUGCGGCUCCAUGUAACGACCCUUUCGGAGGUGACGAUGACUUUACCCAGGAUGAUCUGGAAGAGAUUGAUAUUAUAGCAUCUCAGGCCGUCAACGGGGAUCUAGCAGGACCAGGGUCAAGCUCCAUUGGUCCUCGACCAGGAGAGUCGAGGAAGCCGUAUUCGGGGAGCAGACAACAACCCUCUGGUUUGGCUCGGAGUAACUCCAUGAGAGACAGAGAGAUCCCUGAGUUUCCAUGUAAAGACACUUUCGGGAACAGACAUAAGUCUAAGACUGACGGGGAGCAUUUAAAGCAACUGGAAGCCCAACAAGCAGACCUCCAGAAAAAGCUAAAGGAGGUAGAGGAGGAGAUCCUGAUGAAGAACGGAGAGAUCAGAGUGCUGCGUGACUCCCUCAGGGUCGCCCAGCAGGAGAAGGAGGCGCAAAGACAGGCUCAGCUCCUCUUGGAGAGGGAGAAGAGAGACGCUCAAAGCGAGAAGGAGAAGGAGCUCUCCAAGAAGGUGCAGUCCCUGCUGUCUGAGCUCCACUUCAAAGAAGCUGAGAUGAACGAGAUGAAGACUAAACUACAGAACACAGAGAAAGGAAGGAAAGCAGUGGCUUCACCUGUCACCAGAAACAGCCCCGGUCUAUCUGGUCCUACUGCCCUACUGCAGGGUGCCAACACCAGCCCUCACUGUGUAGCCGUUCCUGGAGGAACAACCUUCAUCACCAAGGAGACAUUUGGUGCCCAGCUGACCUCUAGGUCAACACCAUGCAAGACCUCCGGACCAGGAUACGAUGGAGGAAAACAGUCCAGCGGCAGACAGGAAGUGACUCACUCAGACCCGUUUAACACAUUUCAACCCUCUCAUCAUCAAGGCUCAGUGCUGUUAAGUCUGCUGUUACAGCAUCCUUUAAACCCCAGCAGUCUGGGUCUGGGUCACCUGCUCUGCAUCAGCCCUGACGCACUUCCUGGUCUCCUGAGCAACACCUGUCUCAGCCCAGGGUCUUCAGUUGGCUCCAGUUCCUCCUCAACAGAACCCAGGCUCGUUCCUCACCACAACAAGCCCCGCUUCAGACACUACCAGAAUCUGGCUCUGUCUGGCCUCAACAUGAUGGCCCUACCCAGCCACCACGCUGCCUUGCCUCCUGAGGACCUUCCCAACCCGAACACUUCCCACUCUGCCCCUGCCCUGAAAAACACUACCAGGUCCUGUCCUGGUGCUGUCCACCUCCUCCCCCUCCUCGACUACCACAUCGGCCUGUUCUGCCAAAGUCUGGAGGCUAUCGCCCUCGACGGCUCGGGGACAGGGUCUGGUAAGAGGAGCCUGAGAGGGAGCUCUCUGUCUGGGUCGUCAGACGGCAGCCUGGCCUCCAGCGUGGAGGAUUCCCUCGGGAGUCAGGAGGAGUUUGCCCUGGCUGCCCUGAAGGCCCUGCAUCAUACUGUGGCCCAGAGCUCUGAGGUAGUGAACACCCUGCUGGCCCUGACGUCUGGAGAGGAGGGGAGCCCUCCACAGGGUAACACUAGACACAGGCCCAUCCUGGCCUCAGGCCUGGCCCCCCUGCUGCCUGACACUUCCAUCCAGCCUGGGACUUCCAGAACCUCUGAGAUCCCAGUAGAUGGCACCAGAGAGGGUGCGGCCCUCCACCCUCUCUUCAGGAAGCUCCUUCAGCUGUCAGACCCCUCCUUCUCCACCAGCGCUGUUCAGAGGGAGGCCCUGGUGCCAAGCAGUCUGACGACUCUCAACAUGCUGCUGGAGAGAGCACAGGAGAGGCAGUUGCCCAGGUUCCAGUGUGUUGUGUCCAGUCCGGCUCUGUCUCGCUGCCUGUCUCUAGACUCAUCCUACCAGACCCUGUCUCUGUCUGUCUCCCUACUAGCUGGCCUGGUCCACAGCGAUGAGCUAGCUUUUAGAAUCUGCUGUCAUGCAGGUAACUACGGGGCCUCCUCUGUAACUAAGGGGUGCGGCCUCUGCUGUGAUACAGACUGGUGUGUGUUCCUGAAGGUAUUCCAGUACAUCACCUCCAGACCUGACAAGACCGUCACGGACUCUCACUGGUCUCAGCUGGAGGUGGAGGUGGUGCGUUUCCUGACCAGUCUGUUCAAUAGGAAAGCUUCCACGUGGAGUGUGUUUGCUGAGUCGUCCUGUCAGUGCCACAGUGAGGUAGUGAAGACCACGGUGGUGCUACUCCACAGGCAGUGGCUGGACCUCCGGGGCCGAGUGGAGGGGAGCCUUUGGGGCGAUUCAGCGAUCCUAAACCCAGCGUGGUGCUCCUCUCCUGGGGUUGAUCUGCUAAGGGAGGCUCUGAUGCUACUCCACUGGCUCUUCCUCAACAACAGUAGCUUCUCAGAGCACUGCCUCCCUGUCCUCCACAUGUAUGACCAGAUGAUUCCUGCCAUUAGAGACACCUUCAGGAGGAUCCCCCACCUCUCAGAGAGUGAAGGCCACACUUCAACUUGGUCCAAAAAGUUUGCCCCACCCCUGUCGUAGAGGGUGGAUUCUGCACGUGUACCCGGACAGUUACACAUUGAACAUCUCCUCUUUCCUUGCAAUGAUCCUUUUAUAUGUGUCCAGUUUCCUGUCUAACUCGUGUAUUCUGUUUUGUUAGAAUUGGCUUUGGAUGAGAUUUGUCGUCCUGAGUCUGAGGAUACUGAAGAUAUGGACACAGGCUCCUGACCAGUUGUUCCUUCUCUGGUUAUGCACCGGAGUAGCAUUCAGUUACCCUUAGAUGCUGAUCUUGGGUCAGUUUCUGCAUAAUGGUUAAGGUUAGGCAGGGGGAAGAUAACUGACCCCAGCCCUGCACAGCGUCCCAACUGGGACCAGUUUCCCUAUAUUAGUGCACUACUUUUGACCAGAGCCCUGUAAAGGCUACAGUAGUGCCCAGAAAAGGGUCCUAAUUGGGACGCAGAGAGUUGGGGUUUUUUUUUUUCCUGAGGAAUGCUGACUGUUCUUGAUAUUGGAGUGUGAAAAUAUUCUGUGAUUACUGUACUGACCUCUUUGAAUCUAUUAAAUAACAUCAGUGUUGCAAACGACAA